AACUAAGUGCGAAUAGAAAUGAUUAGAACGAGUAACUUCCCUUUAAAGAAAUGGCGGAGAAAGAGGCCGCGCGGCGGCGAAGAUAAUUAAUUAUGUUUGUGGAUUGACACAACUUUCAUUACAAUUUCUGUUAACAAGUUACCAAUUUAAGAAGUGACACAACAAUUCAACUCAUUAAAAGACACAAUCAAAUUAUAUUUCCAUACUGUUAUCAUAAACUAGUGACCUGAUAGUUUUCUGAACUCUAAAAAGUGACACAAUCCAGACGAAGAUGACUGCUCCAGAUUUAGACGUUAUCAAAGACAUUCCUGGCUACAAAGUUAUCCUGAAAGCAGUUGUGAAAAAUCAAAUACAGCAGUUGGUGGAACAACUAGCUGCCCACACUGAUGAAGAAUCCAUCAUUCUAACAGCAAGUGUUGCUGACGGGACACUCAGUCAUAUAGGGUCAGAGUCGGGCAAGUCUUUCCUGGAAGAUAAUGAAGAUGUUAAAUCGCAAUUCCUUGGUUUCUGUCUCAAAUAUCAUCACAAAAAGAAACAACAGGAGAAAGAAAAAGAAAGGUUGUUACAGGAACAGCAACAGUUGCAACUUCAGCAACAGCAAUUGCAACAACAACAACUCCAACAAAUGAUGUCACCAACUCGGUUUAGUGGAGGACCGAGAUUCAUGCCUACACGUUCACCCAGACAGUAUUCUCCAAGAUUCUCAUCCAGAUCACCAGGUGUACGUCAUGAACCUUACUCGACCCGCCCACCGCGUCGUCCAUUAAACCUUGACCAAGGUUCAGGUGCUAAUAAAAACACUGGUGCAAUGAGACUUCCUGUAGGAAACGAUGGUCAAGUUAUAAAAAUUGAACCAGAAGAUGACGAAUCAUCAAAUCAAAGUGCGACUGACACUUCAAAUAUUGCUUCCGGUGCAACUGGCACCGGGCAACCAUCUGCAUCCCCUCAUUCCUCUGCACCAUCUACGCCAGCAAAUGUAAAACAAGAGUCUGGAGAUCGUGAUGACGAUGAUAAUAGAUCUGAGUCAUCAGCAACUGGAACAACACCUCAGCCGUCUAAUGAAGGACUUAAUUUGCAGUCAGAUCUCUCAGACUUGAUCUCUAGUGGUGGUGAUAAUUCUAAUUUAGACAAAGCAGGGACCUCCACUGGUGCAGAGGGAACUGAUGCAGAUAUUAAUAUUAAACUAGAAGCUAUUAGUGAAAAUGAUAUGGAAUUAGAAAUAACUGGUGUUGAACCUGGACGACCAGCUGUGCCUCAAUACGAUGUUUCCAUGGGGAUGCAGUUUGAUCCCUCGACCUCUGGAAUAGAUAGUCAAUCUCAGCAAGGCUACAUUUCUUCAGAUGGUGAUGGCCAUACAAGUAACUUAGAUAGUGCAGCAAGAAAGCCCCACCAGUGUGACAUGUGUGGCAAAUCUUUCCCUAGAAAUUGGAAUCUUCAGAGACAUUACAGAAUACACACCGGCGAGAAACCCUAUGUUUGUAAUGUCUGCUUCAAAGCUUUCUCUGAUAGAGACAAUAUGAAUAAACAUGCUGUUGUACAUUAUUAUGUAGAGAAACCUUUGGAUAUGACUAGCGUGUCGUGGAAAGCUCCGUGCAGUAUAUGCGGGAAAUAUUACGACAAGUCCUACCUGCCUAGUCAUAUGAGAAUACAUACUGGAGAAAAACCAUUCAAAUGUGAACAGUGUGGCAAGGCAUUCACAGACAAGAGUAACUUUACUAAACAUAAAGUUACACAUUAUUCCUUGAACUGUGACGACCCUGAAGAUCCAUUUUCUUACAAUAUACCUGCGGAGAAAUCUGGAGAUAAAAAGUUCAUGUGCACACUGUGUAACCGUGUCUUUAACCAGAAGUACAAGAGAACACAUAUGAGAAUACACACCGGAGAAAAGCCGUACAAAUGUGACGAGUGUGGUAAAGGUUUCGCCGACAGCAGUAAUUUGAAGAAACACAAAAUCGUUCACUUUCCCGUUCCAAUCAAACCCAGUGAUUCACCUAGUGAUCAAUAACUAUUGGCCAUUAUUAGUAACUUUUUACCAUGGCAACUGAAAUUUUACUUUUUGCCAUGGAAAUUAAUUUAUUCCACCUGGUGCCAUGGAAGUUAAUUUAUUCCAACUUAAGCCAUGGAAAUUAAAUUAUUCCACUAUCUGCCAUGGAAAAUGAAUUUUAUUACAUACGCCAUGGAAAUUAAUUUAUGUCACCUAAUGCCAUAUACAUUGACAUUACCUUACCAAAAACCAAGUGAAGUUCUAUGAUUUAAUAUUGACUUGGCAGUUUUAAAAGACAAGUAUAUUAAGUUUUAAGUUGUGCAUUUAGAAUUGAACAAUACCAAGCGAAUUUCAUUUCAUGUAUUAAAUAGGAGUUAAAAAAGCUAAUGAAAUUUAUGAACACUGUACUGGAAAAGAUUUUAAGUGAAGAAUUGCAGAUUGUGACAGUUCUUGUCUCUUGGGAGUGUUAUAUAGAAUGGAGAAAUACAGAAGUAUUGUUAGUGUUAUUGUAUAUAACAAAUACAUGUAUUGCUUUUCUGUGUCAUGUACUAAUAUGAUCAGAUUUCAUAUUUUAGAUUUUAUUGUACAAUGUAGCUAGCUUACAAAACUUAUGCUUAAUGUGCUUUUUUUUGGUGAAAUAUUUAUGAAUUAUACAAAUUUACAUUUUAUAAUGCUUAAUGUAUAGUUUAUGUGUGUACAUGGUGCAAGUUUUAUUUCUUUUUUAUUAUACAUUAUAUUAUAUUAUAUUAUAAGUAAUAAAAAGGUAGGAAAAAAGUUAUUGCAGUUCAAAUUAUUAUAAUUGGCAAAUUAAUUGUAAACCAGCAGAUUUUUUUUCAAUAGAUAUACUUACUAUAGUUUCCAGUUUUUUAACUGUUCAUGAUCAAAUUUUGGGAUGUCAAGAUAAAAUUUUAUGUCAUCUGAAUGUAUAAAGUUAGUUUGCAGAAAUAAAAUGCUUUGUAUAGAA